AUGGCUGUGUCCAAGAGCGAGGCCGGGUUUCUGCAACACAAAGCACGCGUGCGCAUCAGUAACGAUUUGGGUGAAGGUAUGGACCUUUCAGUGCACUGUAUCUCAGGGGACGAUGACCUUGGCACCCACCUUAUUCCCUAUCAUUCUGGUUACUACGAAUUCGGAUUCCGGCCCAACUUCCAGGGGACUACGCUUUUCCACUGCGGCUUUCAAUGGAAUGAUGUGUUCCAUCAUUUUGAUAUAUACAACGCCGUUAGAGAUCAACUGCUUUGCAACCUUUGUUUGUGGAACAUUAAGGCUGAUCGUCCUUGUAUGUUUAAUAAAGAGACUAGUAAGUACGAUCUCUGCUAUGACUGGUCUCCAUGA